UCAGUGACCUGACAGAAGCCGCUGGAAAACAACUCGUAACAACCAGCAAUCUUAUCUACUGGUUCCUUUGCCGUAAAUAUCGAGCUGUCAGAGCGUGUUUGUGGGGCGCCAUGCAGUGUCUGAGAGCGCUGCGUCUGUCCAGCUCUGUCCAGCUGAUCGUCAAACAAACAGACUCAGCGAAGAAGGUUUUCAUCAUCCAGCCAGCAUGUUGUCUGACCACGAAAUCCUCAACGACGUCCCAGAGACCACCGUCUACACACCUGGAUCAUUUCCAUGUCAAAACGAACGUUCAUUCAAAGUCCCACAGCUCGGGAGUGGAAGACCUGCUUUUCUACACCAUCACAGAUGGAAAAGAACAAGUCCCAAUUUCCUACUUUACCUCAGCCCUGAAGAAAACCGGCCUUCACCCAUCAGACCCUCGUCUGAAGGACUGCAUGGAGGAGCUUCGACAUGCUGUGAAGGAAUCGGUUAAUGAGGUGAUGAUGGACAGAGACCUUUUCCACAGAUGUGUCGGUGGGAACAUCGUCCUGCUGAUCCAGGCCUUCAGAAAGAAAUUCAUCAUCCCGGAGUUUGACGUGUUUGCACAAAAAAUAAAUAAGAUCUACGACAUGGUUAAAACCCAACGUGAUGGGAAGGUAGCGGACUACAUCCCCCAACUCGCUAAGUUUAGUCCAGAACUGUGGGGCGUCUCUUUGUGUACAGUGGACGGACAGAGGCACUCGGUAGGCGACACCAAGCAGCCGUUCUGCCUGCAGUCCUGUGUGAAGCCCCUGCAGUACGCCAUCGCCGUCCAUGAGACGGGGACAGAGAGGGUUCACCGUUACAUCGGCAUGGAGCCCAGUGGACUCAAGUUCAACAUGCUCUCGCUUGAUGAUGAAGAUAAGCCCCACAACCCCAUGGUGAACGCUGGAGCCAUAGUGAUCAGCUCUCUUAUCAAGCCUCAUUCGAAUAAGGCAGAGAAGUUUGACUAUGUUAUGGAGUUUGUGAAAAAGAUGGCUGGCCAGGAGUAUGUGGGAUUCAGCAAUGCCAUGUUCCAGUCAGAAAAAGAAACGGGCGACAGAAAUUUUGCCAUUGGAUACUACAUGAAAGAGAAGAAGUGUUUUCCUCCGGGAGCAGAUAUGAUCGAUUCCCUGGACUUCUACUUCCAGCUUUGCUCCAUCGAGGUGACCUGUGAAUCGGGAAGCGUCAUGGCUGCCACUCUGGCCAACGGAGGGAUCUGUCCAAUCACAGGCGAGCGUGUCCUGAGUGCGGAGGCGGUGCGCAACACUUUGAGUCUCAUGCACUCAUGUGGCAUGUACGACUUCUCGGGCCAGAUGGCUUUUCAUGUGGGCUUGCCGGCCAAAUCCGGGGUGUCCGGUGCCAUACUGCUGGUGAUCCCCAACGUGAUGGGAGUGAUGUGUUGGUCUCCUCCUCUGGACAGAGUUGGAAACAGCGUCCGGGGAAUUUACUUUUGUCAGGAGCUUGUUUCACUCUUCAAUUUCCACAAUUAUGACAACCUGAGGCACUUUGUAAAGAAGCAGGAUCCUCGCAGACCGGAUGGAGAUGACAGGAACAAGUCUGUUUUUAAUUUGAUGUUCGCCGCCUACAGUGGGGAUGUGUCUGCCCUGAGAAGGUUUGCUCUGUCAUCCAUGGACAUGGACCUGAAGGACUAUGAUUCUCGAACAGCGCUACAUAUCUCUGCAGCAGAGGGUCAUAAAGAUGUGGUGACGUUCCUCACUGAAAUCUGCAAAGUUGACCCAUUUGUAGAAGACAGGUGGGGCAACCUCCCAGUCGAUGACGCCUUGCAGUUCGGACAUGAAGAGGUGGUGAAGGUGCUGAAAGACUACCAGCAGGUCUGCAGGCAACAGGAAGCGCAGCACACCGAGGCUGAGCAUUCCCCGAUUCUGAACACCAUCGAGGGCAUAGUGUGAUGUAUCGCAUGUAACGCGUCAGGGAGUUUGUGCAAUCUGUCAAGUUUUGAAAUGUGUCGCUCCAUUUGUCGCACCCAAAAGGAGUUUAAAGAAAGACCAGAAGAUGACUGUAACACAAAUGAACGAUGCAAACUGCAAUGAAGGAAAAUGAUGAGCGGGUGAAAAGGAAAAUGUUAGCAGCAUGAAAAUAGACUGUAAACUUGAAACGAAAAUAGAAUGCAAACAAUGAGGCAGAGGGAAAAAAAGAACAAAACAAGCCAAUAGAAUACAACCCUUUUGUGGGUUUGUGUAAUCAAUAGUAUAUGCUGCAAAUAGAUCAAGCCUAAUUUCAAAUCUGUAAUGCUGGAAUACAUCAUCAACCUAAACACAAUGUUUAUAUUGGGUUGUAUGUAGCAGAGGAUCUGAGUAUUGUAAAUGAGGGAUUUGAUAUUUAUACUUGCAAUGCUUCACAUUACUUACAACAAGACAUGUUUCCAGUUUUUUUUAUUUAUACUAUUCUAUUGUGUCUUGUUGAAACAUCUGAAUAUGAAAAAACUAAUUGACAUGUUUGGAUGUAAAAACUCAAAUCUUACGUUUUGUAAAAGGUAAACAAGGGAAGGAAAUGUACAUGAUCCCAAUAAACAUAAUGUAGGAUAUAUUGUUUUUGUAAUGUUCUUCAGCUGUAAAUAAGUGCACUGGAUUCCUAAUAAUACAUUAUUAUACACAGUGUCAUAACAUUUAUGCACAUUGUAUCUCUUCAUAAACAAGAAAUUCCAAAAAGUAAUUUACGUGAAAUUAUUUGACAUUGAAAACAUCCAUUAAACAUUUUUUUGAUCUGCCACCCAUGGUUUAAUUUAGCUUUGAUUUAAUUUUAUGAUGGUAGACAAUGCGUCAUGCAGUCAGCAAUUUGUUGUUGGCAACUAAAAAAAUCAGCUGAAUGUAGAAACAAUAUGGAGAAGCCGCAGGAGAGGUGUGACAUUGUCAGGAGGGGGUCGGUACGCGAUUGUUUUAAAUGCAAUUAGUACAAGAGUGUGUUUUGAAUAAUUAUAUUUUCUCAGAAACAGCUAGACAUUCGGCUAGUGACGAUAAAGGAUACAACUAAUGUAUGCUAAGUCAUAGCCAGCUCAUUUUAACAGACUUUCCCUCUUCUUUAUUUAUAGGCAGGAGAGUUAAUCAGUGUUGACAGACUGUCCCCUCACUGACCUGUGGCUGAUAAAUGCUGAGAUGCAGGAUGGCGGCUGUGGCCACGGUACGCAGUUGUCCUAGCUACCACCAGAUGGCACUGUGUCCCCAUCAGAAGGACUUUCUGUAAACCCACAGCAUCAGUGGCAUAGGACUGCAGAGAUACAGAGCAGCUUAGGUACCUGCAGAGAUACAGAGAGUCUUGGGUACCUGCAGAGAUACAGAGAGUCUUAGGUACCUGCAGAAAUACAGAGAGUCUUAGGUACCUGCAGAUACAGAGCGUCUUAUGUACCUGCAGAUACAGAGCGUCUUAGGUACCUGCAGAUACAGAGCGUCUUAGGUACCUGCAGAUACAGAGCGUCUUAGGUACCUGCAGAUACAGAGCGUCUUAGGUACCUGCAGAUACAGAGCGUCUUAGGUACCUGCAGAUACAGAGCGUCUUAGGUACCUGCAGAGAUACAGAGCGUCUUAGGUACCUGCAGACAUACAGAGCGUCUUAGGUACCUGCAGAGAUACAGAGAGUCUUAGGUACCUGCAGACAUACAGAGCGUCUUGGGUACCUGCAGACAUACAGAGCUUCUUGGGUACCUGCAGGGAUACAAAGAGUCUUAGGUAGCUGCAGAGAUACAGAGAGUCUUAGGUAGCUGCAGAGAUACAGAGAGUCUUAGGUACCUGCAGACAUACAGAACGUCUUAGGUACCUGAAGAGAUACAGAGCGUCUUGGGUACCUGCAGAGAUACAAAGAGUCUUAGGUAGCUGCAGAGAUACAGAACGUCUUAGGUACCUGCAGAUAUACAGAGCGUCUUAGGUACCUGCAGAGAUAAAGAGCGUCUUAGAUACCUGCAGAGAUACAGAACGUCUUAGGUACCUGCAGAGAUACAGAGAGUCUUAGGUAUCUGCAGAGAUAAAGAGCGUCUUAGGUACCUGCAGAUACAGAGUGUCUUAGGUACCUGCAGAGAUACAGAGUGUCUUAGGUACCUGCAGAGAUACAGAGCGUCUUAGGGACCUGCAGAGAUAAAGAGCAUCUUAGGUACGUGCAGAGAUAAAGAGCGUCUUAGGUACCUGCAGAGAUACAGAGUGUCUUAGGUACCUGCAGACAUAAAGAGAGUCUUAGGUACCUGCAUACAGAGCGUUGCGAAGCAGAAAAGAGCUUAUACGAGACUGACCUGACAUCCAAAGAGACUGCUGACAGAUGCAGCAACAUGCAGGGAGUCCUGCUUCAGCUGGGAAGAAGAAACUGCUCUCACAUUGUGUUCAUUUCAAAUGCCAUUGUUGUUUUUAUUUAUGUUUUGAUUGUGUGUGCCUCAGUGUGU